AUGCGCGGCAACUACGAUAACAACCGAUCCCGCCCCUUUGGCCAUCGCAGCGGCUCUUCAAGUGCACGUCCCGAUCCAGGCCGUGGUAACAUUAUGCCUGGCAGCCGCACACGAGACAUCCGCCGUCGCCGCGAGGACCGCCGCCAUUUGGGCGGUCAUCGUGGUCCACAAGGUCCGCGCGCUCUUGUGAAUCGCAUCAGGGCCGAAGGUGCAAGCCGUAUCGGCGGACGUGGUCAUGGCCGUGGACACAAUCAUCAUCACGCUCAAGGUGCCGCUGGGCAUGGAAGUCGCGGCCAAGCUCGGGCUCUUCCUCUCUCUGAUCCUUUUACCGGCCGUGAUGGUGCAGGAAUGGGUAGAUUCGGCAGUCAGGCGGCUGAUCAGAACGUGCCCACCAUCCUUACCAACACUACUGCUCAAGGUAAUGGCUUAGGUAGCAACAACAACGUUGCCCUUCUCGACACCCCCCAGCAAUUCCAAGUAGCAUCCGGUGUUGGCGCUCAAGAGCCAGACUUCCCCUUCGAUCCGCUCUUCGAUGAGCCCAGGGAGUCUCCUGUCCCUCAAACUCGUACCCCCGCAAAUGUCACGGCCCGUACGCUGGAAGCCCGUAACGCUACUGCCAACAACCAGCCCAAGCCCGUCCGUGUCGUCAAGAACCCACUCAGCAGGAUCUCGAACCGGAAUCUGCGAAAUGUAUUCGCCGGCAUCAAGUCUCGCCCGCCCAAGAACUAUGGCGCCCCGAUGCUCCGCGUGGCCAAAGCAACCCAUACCCUCCAGGGCCACGAGCUCACCUGUGCAUCUCCAGACCACUCCGCAUUUGACGGGUACGACGCUGGUGGCGACAACUAG